CAGUGUCCAGCAUUUGGCAGGUAGAUACCUCAUUGUUUGGUCUUUACGAGGUAGCAAAAUAGAGGGGUUCUUCCUGUAUUUGUGCAGCUCUUUCAAUUAGUGAUCCUCUUUACAGCUGUCUGUGAAAAUGUGAUUUCAUGUUCAAUCGAUGGGGGUUUUUAUACACUAAAAUGGCAUCUAGGUGAAAUCUGUGGGGAGACUGCCUUAACCUUGGGGGAUGAACAGCAAGAGCGUGGACAAAGAACUGCAAUAGACCAACACAAAGUGGUAGUAGUAUACCAAAAAUUGCUGUGUGAAAGAGUCUUAGUGUGGGAAAUUGCUGUCAGUAAGCUUUGUGAUCGACAGGCUGCUUUUUGGUAUAACGAAACAGUUCUAGACCCACUGCCACUAAGGCGGGGUAUUGGAGGGAAUGAAGGGGAAGUCCCUGGGAAUAGUGUGGGACAGUAGGGAAGAGCUGAAAUGGUUUCUGCAGGCACUGAAGGUCUGCCUGGUACGCGGCUUUCUCACAAGUGACACCAGCUUCUGAGCAGAACGGUGCUGUGCAGGGUGCCUCUUUGCAGCUAACGGCAACUGUGCCUCAACGUUCCUCUAUCAGCAUUAUGCAUAAAAUAAGAUGUAUUUUGACUUUAGUUCAACAAUAUGGUUGAAUUCUUUGCUGUUUCAUAGUGGUGUUAAUGAAAGGCCUUUCUAAACUACAACAUUUGCGUUUGUCCCUCCAGUGCUUCAACUGCUGCUAAAUGGAUGACGGCUGCCUAGCUUCUGGUCAGUUGACGUACAGAAUGCAGACCAUUUUAAUCCAUGUGCUUUUUAGAAACUGCUGGUGUAGUACUGGGUGCCAGCUGAAGUGUUUGCAUCCUGGAUUCCUCAGAACGUGAGGCUCAUAGUCAUCUAUAGGACAAGAAAUGGAGACCCUGGAUCUGCUGAGGAAUUGUUUAGUGUGCAAAUGGGACCUGCGGAGGAGAGACCCCAGAAUGCUACCUUGCCUUCAUUCCUUCUGUAAGGACUGUCUUCCAGAUUUGAUUCAAGGAUAUAGCUGUAUUCCCACUGAGUAUGAAGUUCUCUACGAAGGUAUCCUUUCCUGUCCUGUGUGCAAACAGACCUGCUUUGCAAGGGAUGUAGUUGAAAAUUUCUUUCUCAAGGACUUUCCCACUGGUAAUUCAGCUAUGGCAAAGAGCUGCUCCACGUGUAAAGAGAAGAGACCCGCUCACAGUCUCUGUACAAGCUGCAAUAAGUGGUUGUGCAGCUCAUGUACAGAGGAACAUAGACAUGGCAAGGAAACUGGAGACCGCUUACUUUCUGUAUCCCUGAAGGGCUGCACAGCAACUGAGGAUGAAGCAAGCGAGUUUUCCUUGUUUUGUCCAGUGCACACUCAAGAGCCACUCAAGCUGUUUUGUGAGACCUGCGAUACCCUUACGUGCCGCGGCUGCCUUCUGACAGAGCACAAGGAACACAGGUUCAGACACCUUGAUGAAGCUUUGCAGAAUCAGAGAGUUAUCCUGGAAAAUGUCAUAACUAAAGUGGAAGAGAAAAAAAAUGGGAUUCAGGUUUCAGCUAAACAGAUCGAAGACAGGUUACUUGAAGUAAAACAUUUAUAUGAAAAGGUAGAAAAUCAAAUAAAAAUGGCCAAGAUGGUUUUGAUGAAUGAAAUCAAUAAACGAACGAACAUCCUUCUUGAACAACUUGAAAAAAUCACCAGUGAAAGGAAGCAGAAAUUGGAGCAGCAACUGCAAAGUGUUGUGGUUUUAAGCAGACAGGUAGAACAUGUGCAGAACUUCAUCAGCUGGGCAGUGUGCAGUAAAAACAGCAUCCCAUUUCUCUUUAGUAAAGAACUGAUUGUAUUUCAGAUCCAGCGCUUGUUAGAGACAAACUGUAACACAGACAUAGGCCCUCCUCUGAAGAUCAGAUUUACUUGGGAUCCCUCCUACUGGACUAAACAACUGUCCAACUUGGGAGGUUUCACUAUGGAAGGUGGACACAUUUCUCACUCAGAUGUGCUACUCUGUGGAAAUGUGCAAGGAUUACAGGCCUCUUUGUAUCAUGGGCACCGUUCACCAGCGUCACAGCUGGAUGCUGUGAAUAGCCAGCUACAUCAGUUUCCACCUGCAGUUCAGUGUCCUACACCUGUGUGUUGCUCACGCUGCCUCAGUGUACCUCACCCAAACAAAGCUCAGCCUUCUUACCAAGACAUAAACCGCCACCAAAAUUUUCAGCAACCUCCAGAAGUGCGUGAGCAGCACUUUCCUCUGCAGUACAGCAUGCAACAACAUGACAAAGAGCAAAGGGAUGCCCCCCAACCUCUGAAGCUAACACAGUCUGGGCUGGAACAGCAGUCACAGUCAGAGCCAGAGAACGUGUCCAGGAGGAUGGGAAAGCAUUUACCAUCCCAGCAGACUGCGCCCCUGGGUUAUGCUGUUGUAUCACAUGAAGCUCAGCAAGUUCACAUGAGCCAUCCACAGCCAUUCCGCACACAGGCUUCUUUGCAGACAUCAACUGUGCAAGUGCAACUUGGUCAUCUCCAGAAGAUAAAAGCUAACCACUUGCAGCAGCCGCCACAACAGCAGCAGCAGCCACCGGCAUCACCACCAUCAGAUCAGAAUGAGAACACCCACAAACAAGUCAUCCAGCAAAGCCUGGACAUAAUGCACCACCAAUUUGAGCUGGAGGAGAUGAAAAAGGAUCUGGAGCUUCUUCUGCAGGCCCAAGGACAGUCCAGCUUGCAGCUGAACCAAGCCAAGCCACCUCAGCACGUUCAACAGACCAUAGUUGGUCAAAUCAACUACAUAGUGAGGCAGCCAGCCCCAGUUCAGCAACAAAUCCAAGAUGAAGCACAAGUCUGUGAGAGUUCCACUGAACUUGAUGCCCAGAAGCCUGUAAUUCCUCUUGACAAACGUGAUAGUCCCUCCCUGUCACAGUCACUAGAUGAAGAAGCCAGUGUCAGCAGUCACUCCCCUGAGAGCACAUUGCAACAAUCAGCUUUCCAUCCAGUGAGAAAGCAUUCCGCAUCCUUAAGCAUUGUGGGCUUUUCAAACAGUUUAGAAAUGGAACUACCUUCAACAAGGUUGUCUAGCUCGGCCGAUCUACAGACGCAAGGUGCAGCUGCUGUAACACUUGGUCCAUCCCCAAACGCCCUUUGUGACUGCGAUGCUCCACCAGAGUCGGUCCCCAGCUACAGCUUGGCAUUGGGCAGAGCUCCAAGUGACCUGAGCCUUGCAGCUGCUGCUGGCCUCACACCAGGUGAUGCACUCCAGGGCAGCACUAAGUGCAAGCUGGAAAAUGAAGACUUCAAUACUGCAGAUCAUCCUCUAGAAAAUAGCUUGGACACUGCUGGGCAAGAUGCAGUUAAUGAAUUAACUUUUUCUAUGCAAAAAGUGCUUGAAGAGCCUAUUAAUCUUUCGAUCAAAAAAUCUCAACAUUGCACUUCUCCUUCUGAACUGCUCAGCAACAAUUUCCUGCCUGUGAAUGCCAGAAUGAGACAGCUUGGAAGCAAAGCAGAUUCCAAUAACUGUGAAAAGGAACAUUUUGAAAUGGAUAUGAAAAGCAAUCAGAAUGUCAGAGCUGGCCCUAAGGAGCAGAAGAACCCCUAUGUGAGACUGGAACGUCUGAAAAUACGUACAUCAGAAGCAGGGGAGCUCCCGGUGUUUAAGCUCCAGCCACAGGACAAUGAGCAGGAAGGAAAUUUCCUCCUGAUAAUUGAAUGUGGGACCCAGUCUUCAAGUAUGUCUAUAAAGAUAAAUAAAGAUAGUCCACCUGAAGUACUGAAAUCCAAAGAGGAGAACUCAAAGGACAGAAAGCUGCUCAUAUCCCAGGCUGCAGGACAGACACAAUCUCCUCCUGUGAAUACUGCAUCUGUUGAUCAGAAGCUCAGCAAUGGCAUCUCCAUCAUGAAAAAAUCUCCAGUUACUCAGGAAGUCAAUCCAAUUGAAAAUGAGGAUUUCUGUGCUGUGUGUCUUAAUGGAGGAGAACUGUUGUGCUGUGAUCACUGCCCCAAGGUCUUCCAUCUCUCCUGCCAUGUUCCAGCCCUGCUCAGCUUUCCAGUGGGAGAAUGGGUGUGCACACUUUGCCGUAAUCCAGUGAAGCCGGAGGUAGAAUAUGACUGUGAAAACACACGCUACAGCCACAGCUGUAAUGUACAAUAUGGCCUUGGUGACUGUGACCAGAAGAAGUGUGAAAAGCUGGUGCUUUCCCUGUUCUGCAGUAGUAUGAGCCUCCCAUUUCAUGAACCUGUCAGCCCCCUGGCUCGCCACUAUUAUCAGAUCAUCAAAAGGCCAAUGGAUUUGUCAAUUAUACGAAAAAAGCUGCAAAAAAAGGACAAGUCUCACUAUUCUGCACCUGAGGAACUCGUGACUGACGUGCGUCUCAUGUUUUGGAACUGUGCAAAGUUCAAUUAUCCAGAUUCAGAGGUUGCUGAGGCUGGACGAUGCCUAGAUGUAUUCUUUGAGGGCAAACUGAAGGAGAUUUAUCCAGACAGGUAUUUUCCUUCAAUGCAACAAGAAGACUCUGAUUCUGAAGAAGCGGAGAGUCAGAAUAGCAAAAUGCUACCCCAAGAUUUUCAGUGGCCGUCAUACGGACAGGAGUGCAUUCAGCCUAAAAGGAGACGGCGCCAUGCUGUAAGAUUGCAAAAACAAAAGCAUUUGGUUGCUAAGUGGCCACCCUGCUAAUUCGGUUUACAGCUACUGAUGGGAAGUUUUGACAGGGCUGUGUGGGAAAACUGUCAAGCUUCUAUCACAGAGAUGUGAUCGGUUCUACAAUUUUAUGUCAAAAUCCUCUGAGUGGAAUAAAGUGUCAGUUGUAUAUAAAUAUAUAAGCAUGAACAAAUGAAGUCUCUCGGGCCACACAGUUAUCUUCCUAGCAGAAAACUCUGCCAAGAUUUUUAAAAAGACUAAGCCCUCUAGCUAUUCGCUGUUUGUUUCCUUUGUACGCAGGAAAAUGAAAAAGCUAAAAGAAUGAUGUUUCAGCCAGCUAACAGCCUUCCUCAGGUAUGACCUCCUCAAGACAUGAGAUUUGCUAUGAGGAAUCCAGCAGCAUAACUGACAGAGUUAAGGUGUGUGGGAGGAAAGCAAAACACUCGGGCUGUUUAUUUAAACUCUCCUAAUCUGCUGACCAUAUGCCUUAUUUCUACAUGUCGUGGAUAGAUAACAGAUCCAAAGUGUUUGAAUCUGUUGAUAUUUAAUCUGUUAAAUCAUAUAUAUGUUUUGCAGUGUUUACACUGAAGUACUAAUGUUUUGGUGAUAGGUAAUGAUGAUUAACAAUAAAAGUAACAUGCUAAUAAUAUCUAAUACUGCAGUACCAUUUUAUAAUCUGUUCAACAUGACAUCUCUAUUUUAUAGAGCACAGGUAACCGUGUAAUAAUCUUACAACCUCGGUGUGAAUGUUGGCCAUGCUUUGUGAUAAACACAAUGUGUAGUCAUAAAAGCCCUAAUCCCGUUGUCUUAUUCAAUGAUUUUUCUGGAAGCUUGACUGCUCAAGGCCUAUGUGAUACAGUCUAAUGUGAUUAUCUGAUUAGCUGUUUCUUUUGAAGCUGAGCACUUUCAUUACAUCAUGAAAAACAAGUGCUAAUAGUGCUAAUACUAGGGCUCUAUGUGAGCUGUUUCUGAGUACAUACUGGAUGCUCUAUUUGCAAGGAAUGAUUCUUUUGGUAUCUAAUUCAUGCUCGGUAAAGCAGUUGGGAUUUCUUGGGUAUCAAAGGUAGCAUUUUCACUCAACACAAGCCAGUUGUUUUUUCUUUAAAGCAGAUAUUGGAAUUCAGUAAAUUAACUAUGAAGCAAAUUACAUGGUUAUAAAAGUGCCUGUAAAAUAACGUCAUAUAUUCCUGAUUUUCUCUUUGCUUAUUUCUUGUAGUUGUGAUUACCAACAGUGCUAGAUGAUGAUAAUGUGUAUAUAUAGAAGCUCAAACAGAAUGACAGAAUGUCUAAGCUUUUUUUUUUUUUUGGCUAAAUUCCACAAUGUAUUGUAAAGCCUGAAGGGUGGGAUAGGUAAGAAGACAUGACACCUGAUCAGAGAGUGAUGGUUUGCAAGCUGCUUCCCACCUCUUCCAGAAGCAGGUGAGCCAGAUCUUCAUGUGGCCAAUGCUUUCUUCAUGUGUGUGAGGGGCAUCUUCCUCCCUAGAGCUCUGCCCAGCAGCAUAAAGCUGGGCUGUGGUCUGGCUCUGAGAGAGAAGGGCUGUCGCAGAUCUCAAACACAGAUUAAGUUCAUUUUGAUUAGGUUCCUGUAAAUAAAGAUGAUAUUUUCAGCAUAGUUUAUAUGGGCUAUUUGGUCUGGUAAUCAUGUAUGUUAUUUUAGAUAAUGCUUUAAAGUAAAGGUUUAUAUAUGAAAUAAUAAGAUGUGAAUGUUAUAUUCUACUGUCUGUGUGACUUACAGUUUGCCAUUAACUUGAUAGUGAGCUAAUGUUUUCUAUUCUUUGAAGAAAUGAAAAUCUGAUUAUUAUAAGCUGACUGGAAAACUGUGAGAUGAAGGGACAGCCUUUACAUUUUCUAUAUCUGAAUUCCUAUGUGUUUGCUUUUUGUCAAACUCCUGUUCUCAAAACAAUAAGUGUCUUGGCACAGGGAAAUGAGUGCAGGUUUGUAACUGAAUUAAUCACCCUAUCUGUACUACAGGUAUCACCUUUUCUCAGUUGGUACUUAAUUCCUCCACUGAAGACCUAUGUUUUGCCAUUAAUAGCACAAAAAUGGUAUGCUGUAGAGUCUUGAUCUAGGGGCAAAGGUAGAAAUAGGAGAGAAUAUCGAUGACCUCCACUUUUUCAUGGAAGAGCAGAGUCAAAAAGAGACCGCUUCUGUUUCUUAAAGGCUGUAAGUUUGUUGACUGUACCAUUAGUUUUGAAGAACACCCGUUUUAAUAAAAUUUAUCCAGGGUGUAUUAUACCUUUAUUAAAAAUAGAAGUGUACCUGUUUGUCAUCAUAUAUAGAUGCCCUUUGGAUGUGUGCUGGCAGGACUCUAUGGCUUGAGCGCUCUUAAGGCUAACUUUAUUUUUGAUUGCUUCACUAAGACAUGGUAACAGUUAAAAAAAUACUUGUAAACUUCAUGUCACGUUGCUAAGCAGAACAAAAACUGAGCUCGUAAGUAUGACUUCACAUACUUUCAGACACAAAUCUAUGGGUUAGCAACUUCACAAUACAUUGCAUGUCAUAAGAACAACAUUAUCCAUCUCAGUAAAUGCCUUAAAAUUGCUGGCUUGUGAUGUUCCUGCUGCUGGACACCAGGGCCUGAAAAUUCUUGGGGCAUUUACUCUGUUGAAGUCCAGUUGCACACUGGUAAUGGCAUUGACAGGUAUGAAAGGAAGAGUCCCUCUUCUGAAAUCUAAUGGCCCACAUGGCCCAAAAGAGAAGUGGUAUGUUAUGUAGUUACUUUUUCUUCUGUCACACCACCUGUUUCACAAUCCGGAAUUUGUAGGAAAGGAAGUAAAGGAGAACCCCUGAAGUUUUCCACUGGAAAUAAGUAUAGCAGAAGCAAAUGCCAGGAAUACUGUGGAACCCCCAGUGAAUGCACUAGGCUCCUGCAAAUGCAACCAAAGGCACAAUUUUUCCUUUUUUCUUUAGUAAUGUGUUACACGUAGAAUGGGAAAAUCCUCUUUGUGCUUAAGCAGUCGGAAAAGAGAUUAAUUACCCUUCAGUAAUAGGUCUGUUGAAGAAGAAAUGACAGCUACAAAUUUGACUUUCAUUCCCUUACAGACAAUUUCAAAGACAUUCUUCUUCUAGUAUCGUUACAGCAUAAUGACGUUGAAGUUAAGACAAACAGGUGUUUAACAAUUCAGAUUAUUGAA